GCUCCGGAUCUCGCGAGAAAUCCAGCGGUUUCACUAUCGUGUUUACACUAAUUAAACCCAUUACCCCGAUAAUCCGAACCGAGCCGAUCCGGAUUAAGUCGGGCGGGUGGUUCCGGAGCGGACCUGAUCCUUUUGGCAGAAAAUCACCUCACGUUCUCCCCCACCCCCAUCCCCCCCCUUACCAGUCACCCCUGUCUGACGUAAAAUACAAUUUUUUCCCCCGAUAUUUGGUGACGUAAAAUAUCGCCUUUUCCAGGUGGGGAAAAAAGUCUUUCCCUGGGGUGGGGGGGUCGUUCGGAGUUUUCCUCCCCCGCCCCCCAUGACCGGGCACCCCGCGCUAGUGUGGUGCGGCGCCGGGUUCCGCGCGUAGGAAAGCCCGGGGAUUUGCGGCCUAGUGACUGGAGUCUGCAUAAACACGACGUCGCAGAGGAGGAGGGAGGUGAGGCCGAGAGGAAGCUCCCCAUCCCCCGAAGGGGGCUCCGAGCUGGAAGAGACCCCGCAGUCUGGGGGCAGAAAUCCCGAGGGCAGUAGUGGAAAUGAUGGAAGAAUUGCAUAGCCUGGACCCUCGGCGCCAGGAAUUAUUAGAGGCAAGAUUUACUGGAGCUGGGGUUGCAAAGGGACAGUUGAAUAGUGAGUCUUCUAACCAAAGUCUAUGCAGCCUGGGUUCUCUGAGCGACAAAGAACUUGAGCAGACUCCAGAGAAAAAACAGAAUGACCAGAGGAACCGCAAGAGGAAGGCAGAACCGUAUGAAACAAGUCAAGGAAAAAACACUCCUAGAGGACAUAAAAUUAGUGACUAUUUUGAGUUUGCUGGGGGAAGUGGCCCGGGGACAAGUCCAGGCAGAAGCGUUCCACCGGUUGCCAGAUCCUCGCCGCAACAUUCCUUAUCAAAUCCAUUACCCUUACCGAGUCAAAGUAGCCCUCCUUCCUCCAUGCUAGUGAAUCUAGAGCAUUCCUGUAUCCCUAUCAAACAGAUUUCCGUCCAGCACAGACAAACUCAGUCUGACCUCACAAUGGAUAAAAUAUCCGCUCUUGAAAACAGCAAAAACUCUGACCUAGAAAAAAAGGAAGGGAGAAUAGACGAUUUAUUAAGGGUAAAUUGUGACCUCCGACGGCAAAUGGAUGAGCAAAAGAAAAUGCUGGAAAAAUACAAAGAACGGUUAAACCGAUGUGUUACAAUGAGUAAAAAGCUACUUAUAGAGAAGUCAAAACAAGAAAAGAUGGCAUGUAGAGACAAAAGUAUGCAGGAUCGACUGCGCUUGGGACACUUCACUACAGUCCGCCAUGGCGCCUCUUUCACCGAGCAGUGGACAGAUGGAUAUGCCUUUCAGAACCUCAUCAAGCAGCAGGAACGAAUAAACUCUCAAAGGGAAGAGAUUGAGCGGCAACGAAAGUUGUUGGCCAAGCGGAAGCCUCCUGCUAUGGGACAGACCCCACCAGCUAAUAAUGAGCAGAAGCAACGUAAAAACAAGACCAAUGGAGCAGAAAAUGAAGCGUUAACCUUAGCUGAGUAUCAUGAACAGGAGGAAAUAUUUAAGCUUCGACUAGGUCACCUUAAAAAAGAAGAAGCUGAAAUACAAGCAGAGCUCGAGCGUCUUGAAAGAGUAAGGAAUUUGCACAUUAGGGAGUUGAAACGAAUACAUAAUGAAGAUAACUCACAAUUUAAAGACCAUCCAACGCUAAAUGACCGAUAUCUAUUGCUACACCUUUUGGGUAGAGGAGGCUUCAGUGAAGUGUAUAAUGCAUUUGACUUAACGGAGCAAAGAUAUGUAGCUGUGAAAAUUCACCAGUUGAAUAAGAACUGGAGGGAUGAAAAGAAAGAGAAUUACCACAAACAUGCCUGCAGGGAAUAUCGCAUUCACAAGGAGCUGGAUCACCCUAGAAUAGUCAAACUAUAUGACUAUUUCUCUCUUGACACAGACUCGUUCUGCACAGUGCUUGAAUACUGUGAGGGCAAUGACCUUGACUUCUACUUGAAGCAACACAAGCUUAUGUCAGAAAAGGAAGCUCGUUCCAUCAUAAUGCAGAUUGUAAAUGCCCUCAAGUACUUGAAUGAGAUCAAACCACCUAUUAUUCACUAUGACCUGAAGCCAGGUAAUAUUCUUUUGGUUAACGGUACUGCCUGUGGAGAGAUAAAAAUCACAGAUUUUGGACUCUCUAAAAUAAUGGAUGAUGACAGCUAUAACUCUGUAGAUGGCAUGGAGCUUACUUCACAAGGAGCUGGCACUUACUGGUAUCUUCCUCCAGAGUGCUUUGUGGUUGGAAAGGAACCCCCCAAGAUUUCCAACAAAGUGGAUGUGUGGUCUGUGGGAGUUAUAUUCUACCAGUGUCUGUAUGGGCGAAAGCCAUUUGGUCACAAUCAGUCUCAGCAAGACAUAUUACAAGAAAACACGAUCCUGAAAGCCACAGAGGUGCAAUUCCCUCCAAAACCAGUUGUGACCCCAGAAGCCAAGGCUUUUAUCCGUCGAUGCCUUGCCUACAGGAAGGAAGAUCGGAUAGAUGUCCACCAGCUGGCAUCUGACCCCUAUCUGCUGCCACACAUCCGUAAGUCAGUUUCCACCAGUAGCCCAGCCACUGCUGCAAUAGCCUCAACAUCUGGUUCUUCAAACAACAGCUUGUCAAACUGAGACUGCAAGAGUGAGACUUGAGACGUUGCACCUUGCGCCAUUACAGCGCUAAAGCUGGCAGAGCAGUUAUUAGGCUACUCUGGAAUACUUCUCUUCCUGUAGAUGGAGAUUUAGAGUUCUCCAUGGAACAUUUCAAUUCCUGGCUUAUUAGAGCCUCAAAUUGCUGAGUUUGAUGCAUUCUUGGGAAGGAUCGACGCUCGUGCUGAGUGAGAGCCCGAAUCUUUUUGAAAAGGACCUAUGACAAAUUACAAGGCUGUAUACUUGGACAUAAACCCUCAGUCCCCCGCUCCAUGGACUUUUGGAACCUCUAUACAGCUGACAACCGUCGCAUAUACGGAAUUGACUUUUUACUGAAUCCAAUUUCAGAAACGGAAACCCUAGACUGUACUUGCCCCUUGUUGAUAUUUAAACCUGUUCUGUUUUUUCCCUUUCAUCCAUUUUAUUAAACACAAGAAAAAAAGCCAGCAGGGUAACAAAUCCCCUCUGCUUUCUUUCCUUCGUUUUAUAAAUAAGAAUCCAAGGGUCUCUUCCCACAAUGUGAUUUUAACCUCCCCAUUGAAGGGGACCCAUCACUUGCACAUGCCUAGACAUCUGUUUCAUCACGAAAACAUUUAUUGUCAAGCCGCUAGGAAAUUGAGGGCAUCACUCAUUCCACUCAUUUUCAUUAUUCAUAGUCGAGGCCUACGGAGCAUAUUCUACACAGCGGAUGCAUGCAGUACGUGCAGGUGUUGAGCCCUCUCUAAAGGUUGAAUCUGACAGAUAUCAUAGUUUUUAUUAAAGUGAAAUCCAUAUUACUUAGGACAGUUUUUUUAUGAUCAGUCUUUCCUACUGUAAACUUGUUCAGGGUUUUCACUGAAAUUCCUUUUGAGAGGUUAAGGUUGGUUUAGUGAGCUUGUGAUCUAGGGAGAUGCACAGUUGUGUCCUAGUGGUAAGCAAAUCAGCAUUAACCCUUUUAGAAAGUUUGUUUUUCCUGUUGAUAUAGCGCUUUGUCUUUGGGUUAGUUUUCUAACAGCUGAAGCACAGACAGGGUUGCUCAUCCCUCCAUUACAGCACACUUUCUAUAGCCCAUUUAAAAAGAAGAUUCUCUUAAUGUCUUUAUGUUGGUGAGCUUGUUGGUCCUUCAAUUUUUAAAUGUCUUUUUUUUGCUAUUUCACAUUAUGCUGGUUUGUACUAUGCCUGUUCAAACCUUUUUUAGAACGCCGUUUUUUGGCAUAUACACUGCACCUUGGAUAUUUGUGAGUGACUGAAGUUGAAAGCAAACUGACCUUUUGCAAGUCAUCAGCGACAGUUGUCUCUCUUAGAAGCCAAAUGAUUAUAGAUGCCUUAGUAAUGUCUACAGUCAUAUGUUUGUAUUGAAAUCACAAAAUGGCGACCACUUUGUAAGGUGGUCAUGAGUGUAGGUAUGUACAGCAAACUUUCCCAAUGGUAGACCUAGCUGUUGUAGCAAAACACGCCUCAGCUGUAGCAGUAGUCCAUAAAAAUUAAGAUUGUUUUUACUAGAGACGUUAAAGAACCUGCCAUUUAUUAUGCAGCUGCAGUACACAUUUGUUAUAUAACGGUGCAACAUUUUGCUUCCUCAUUCAACUUGCUGGGUCACAUUGCAGAACAUCUGCAUAGUCUGUCUGAUAGGCUUUAACCCCUUAAUAGUUUUGCUUGAGCUCUGCUCCGACUUUGAGAAAAGGACUGAACAGUUCAACCUGAACAGAGCUCAGGAAGCAGGGGUGUGGGGGGCUAACUUAACCUCUCAUAUCUCAGGAUUAGUAACGGCUAGAGAUGUAGGUAUGGUCUUGUUUGAAAGCUGACGGUCUAAGACCAAAAUCACAGCAUUGUCCUCUACAUCGGGAGAUAUAACUGAAAUUAGGUCAGGAUUAAUGUCAGCUGAAAAAGUGCAAGCAGAUUUCAGCUGCUUUACUCCUGACCUAAUUUCUAACAGCUAUAUCUCCUGAUAUAGUGGAGGUAAUGCUGUGAUCUAGUCUUGUUUUAAAGCUUAGAUUGUCAGCUUUGAAACAGGACCAGGCCCUGAAUAUGAAGAGUUAAAGCAACCCUUUCCCCUUCAGCUGGCUUUGAUCUUAGCCAGUCUGGAGUGGGAGGGGGACCGUGGGGGAGCUGACGGGCUACAGGGAGAAGCAGAAGAAAAAUGUAUAAAUUUGGCUUCAUAAUCGUAAUGUCUUACCAUAAUCAUGUUAUUUAUCCCACACAUUGGACGGCAUAAAAAGAAUCCCACAAAAUGUUAAAAUUGCUGUUUUAUUAUUCCCCCCCCCUUUAAUAGUAAAAUAAGUGAUUUAAUACGGUAUAUGAACCCCCAAAUGGUAAAAAAAACUAAAUUCAAGUUCUUAUGUGGCUGAAUAUCACUGGUCCUUACAGGGGUUGUCCUCCGGAUAGGUCAUCAAAAUCAGAUUGGUUGGGUCUGUCUCCUAACACCCCUGCCAUUCAGCUGUUUUAAGAUAAUGCAGUGCUCGUACAAACGCUGCCUUGACUUCACGGUUUACCUGCUCGCUGCCGCACUGCUACGACGUUCUAUUCUCUUUAAUGGGGUGGCUCCUUCCUAUUAAAGUAACUAGAAGGGAGCCAUCCCAUUGAAGUGAAUGGGGAUGGCGGAGUUGCAGUUAAACCGAUCGCGACGGUGAGCAGGUAAACUGUGAAGAGAACAUGGUGCAAUCUCGUGCAACCGCUUCCUUCUCUUCAAACAACUGAUUGGUGGAGGUGCCUGGAGUCUGCCUCCGCUAAUCCUGAGGAUAGGUCAUCAAUAUAGAAAAAACAGACAACCCCUUUAAGGCUCAAAUUAGUUUUUAAAAAAAUGCACUUGUGUUCCCUGAGUUGUGCGCCAGCUAUAUUUACUUCAGACAUAAAUUCAAAAUCUGCAACAAGUGACAUUUUGGGAAGGUUUUAAUGUGACUGUUAAGGGACUGGGCUAUAUGUGGCACUUCAAGCCAAUGUGUUAAUGUUGGUCUGCUCCUUGUAACCCAAGCCUUUGGCUUUUCCAAACCAAAACAGGGCUAGCUUUCCAUGCAGCAUGGAUGUUUAGGGUGAGUUCAGACAUGGCAGAUUUCCUUUUCCACAGAUUUUUGCAAUCUGUGUUACAUGCAGAUGUUUCUAUAGAUUCCAUGUGAAUUUCUCUCUGCUGCAUGUGAAUGUGGUUAUGAAAACCCCAUGAACAUGUGUUUUUUUUUUUUUGUUUUUUUUUUGUGUAUUUUGUUGCAGGUUGUGGUGCACAAUUCUCCUGCCACACCUGCCAUGUCUGACCUGGUCUUACAGUAUUUCUCUUCCUUUUGGUUGCAUUUCAUUUUUAAUUUUAACAUUAAGGCAUUGUUCACAUACACCAGAUUUUAUCCCCUGUGGCCUAAAAUUCUCAACAAUUGUUUGAGUUUUGCAACAGACUUCACCCAUUGGUUAGAACUAGGAGAUAUCUGACCACUUUGGGAAGAAAAAAAAAACCUGCUACAGGGCAUGCUUUUUGAAUUGAAAAAUCUACAGUUGCCCUCAAAUCUGCAUCGUGUAGCGGUUUUGUUAAAUCAUAUGCAUUGUACUUUACUUUUAGUUGGGACUAAUCCUGUGCAUGUGAACAUGGCCUUGUGCUGUUUUCCUAAGAUACAGCCACCAUCAUGUUGAUUUUGAUGAUCACCAAGAUGAUUGAUGAAAAUUGCCUUUUUUCCCCCCUUAGCAUUCACUCUGCAUGUUCUGUGUAUUUAGGUAUGUUAAAUGGGUUCAUUGAGGUAGAAAGAAGGUGGAAGUCCUCGGGAAGCCUUCAAAGGCCAAAUUCACACAUCCAGUUUUCACUUCAUGUCCAGGCGGCAAUUUCAUUUUUAUUAGUCAUGAUAUAAAAUUGCUUCUCAGAUUUAAACCUUAGCUAUAAAAAAAAUAAAAGUAAAACCGCUGUAAAGGACGCCCAAAAUGACUGGUACAAGCCAAUAAAUGAGUGGCUUGGGAGCCAGUACAAGGCAAUAAUAAGGGAGUGCCUUCUGAAACUAGAAAAUUUUGGUUAAAUUUAGUAUUCUGCAAUGCUUCAUGGUAAUACGACUUCCUGUGUGGUCAUGGUGGUUUCCUUUGUUACUUUUUAAAAAAUCUUAAAAUCUCUCUUCCUAUUUUCAAACCUCCUAAAGGUAAAAUCACUUGCAGUGAGUGAAAAUGUCAUAAAAUCACCCUAAAAGUAGUUCACAGAAUACAACAUAUUGUACGACUGCUUCCCCUAUGCUCUCAUCCAAAUGAUUCGUUUCUGAUAAUAUGGGUUUCACUUUGCUCUAGGAAUAAUUAUAAUAAAAUACUGUUUUUUGUUUUUGUUCAUUUUGACUUGAAGGACAAAAUGUGUAUUAAUUCAUAACUGAAAGUCUAGGAUGAAACAUCCAAGAAUUAAAAAAAAAAAAUACUGAUAUUAAAAUACAUUUGAAAGUUUAA